AUGGGAACACUUGAGAAGAAAAAAAUUUUCUUCGAAGAAGCCGAUCGGCCACCACCUUCAUAUUAUGAUGGCAGUCUAGAGAAAAUGCCUCUACGGAAAUUACCAUUUCAAACUCCUGAUCCUGAAAAAUGGCUGAAGGCUCCUGAAUUCGUGCCGCGCACGAAAAUGUUGGCCGAAGCAUUUGCGCCACCUCUUGACUGUCCACAAGAUCAUUCCUCAUUGACGGAAGUGCCUUAUGUACCUAUUGGACAAUUACCACCGGUCGGCAUGGCGAAUUGUGUGGCUCCGCCUUUCGCCAUACCACCGACACAUGCUCCUCCAUACGUGGCGGCUCCGCCCUUCCCGCCAAUGGUACCAAUGCCGCCGGCCGCUACCGGCCCUAUCGCACCACGGAUGCCUGUCAUCCCAAAUGGGUAUACUGUCAACAUCACUAAUCUUAAUCAAGGUGUCGGCCCACCGAUUCCAGCGAUUGUUUUGCGGAAAAAACGACGAAAGCGUAAUAAGAACACACAAUCGCUGGUGAUGAACUCGUCGGAAUCACCCAGCUCAUCGCAUCCAUUAGAUCCAAAUGGUUAUGCCAGUGACCGAAACGGUGCUACUACACCGGACGAUGCACCGAUUGUUGAAGACGACGAGUCAUCAGGUGCGGACGGCAAACAGCUGCUGAGUGGGUCGUGUCCAGAUCUCAGCGAAGAGCAACUUGAAAUGUGGGAUAACUAUUUGUAUGCUGCCGCAGUAGACAGUAAAGAAAAGAAGGAAAGAUCAACGCCACCGAGUUCACCAAAGCAGGACGUCAACGAAGCAUCUGUCUAUGAUGUUCUGCCGAGGAGUCUACGGGAUGUCGCUGAACAACAACUUGAUGGUUUUAGCAAUCCAGAAAUCCGUCGACUGGAUAGGGAAAUCAACGGUACGGUUUAUUUCAGUAGUGUUUUAUUUGAAAAACAAUAA